AUGGACGCCAACGCUCUGUCAGAAUGUGUCGAGCCACAACAGAAAUGGUUAAUGAACGCUUCUCAAGAUACGACUCAGAAACAUGGAGAUGCUCCCAAGCUUAUAGAUAUGUCGCCGUCCCGUGGCAAUGAAGGCACCAUCAUCACUGUGGUGGUUCAAGCCUUACCGUCUCAAAUGCCGGUCAAACUCGCUUUCAACAGCCUAGUGGUCGAUACAAAGCAAAUGCAAGCACAAGGCAUUACUUCUCUCGUCGCUACCGUGCCUCCGUUUCAACAAACUCAUUCCGCUUCGCCGGCCGUCCCCAUCUCGAUCUGUUUCCUCGACAAAGACAUGGUCACUGAAACAUGGCUCGUUGCUGAAUUCAUGUAUAUGCUCAACGACGCUAUGAAGUACGAACGAAAACGAAGUAUCUCCUUUUCCAUGGACGAUUACACCGCCAAACGUCCCGAACGAGACAGCUUUUCGGGAUCUUAUCAAAACUACUAUCAAUCUUCGCCCGCUCAACCUCAAGCCGAUCCAUCUUGUGCUUAUGGUUUCAAUCAAAUGUCACCUUAUUCCUACUCUUAUCCAAGAGCGGACUUUUCUACAGCGCAGCAAUCACCUCAGCAAAUCAGUCAGCAUCGACCUUCAUUGCAGUCGAGUGGCCGUUCCGCUGUAGGCAGUGCGUCGUCUGUGACGGUGCCUAAUGCCUCCAUGAAUUUGUAUGGUGCCAAUCAAGGAUUCACCAAUAUGCUGACGGGCGGUUUGGAACAGAACACCAUGAUGCCAUCCCCGCUGCAGUCAAGUCCCUCUUCCAUGUAUGGCUACAAGUCCAACGCUCACACCCCUACAACCCCGGUAGCCAAUUAUCAACCGUACCCUGGGUUGGUGAGUCGGGCCAAUUUGAACAUCAUUGGCGAUCUGGAUGCCAUGACCAAAAGUUGGGCUCAAGAAGAAUGGGAUAACCGUCGACGUCUUGUCCAGUUCUGGCGUGAACAGACGGGAAACAAGAUCAGCUGCAGUUUCACCGCUGUGCCUCAGGGCGAACGAGCCACGAAAUCCGGCAACAUUGUGGUGUCAUGCAUCUACUGGAUGGAGCGCAACGAUUUCUUCAUCACUUCGGUCGACUGUAUCUAUCUGCUGGAAUGCUUAAUGGAUAUCCGUUUCAGCGUGGAAGAAAAGAAUCGAAUUCGUCGUAACCUCGAAGGUUUCCGUCCUCUCACUGUGAGCAAGUGCAAAGCUGAUAGCAGUGAAUUUUUCAAGCUGAUCAUGGGUUUCCCCAAUCCCAAACCGCGCAACAUUGAAAAAGACGUCAAAGUGUUCCCAUGGAAAACUUUGCCCUAUGCACUGAAGAAGAUUGUCACCAAAUACACGGCGUCUUCCUACAACCCGUCAUCGACGUCCUCAGCUUCGGCCAUGACCAAGCCCCGUGUUCCGAAACCUGAACAUUAUUAUCAAACUCCCAUGCAAGCUCCCAACUCUCGACAACAACCACAACCACCCCAACAACCACAGCCCAGCUUUUACUCACCGUCAUCCCAAUACGGUAUGCCUGCCCCUACUUCGAACCCACUGUCUGGCAAGAGUCCUCACAUGACUGGUGCUCAGUCCAAUCCUAGUUACAGUCCUUCUUCUUUCGGCAACUACGGUAUGGUCAAUGUCCCGACUACCACCGUUCCCAGUGCAUCGGAUCCCAUGAAUCAGCCCGGAUUAGCACCUCACAUGUCUCCUCAUCAAUCAUCUCCACAACAACAACAUUCCGCUCGCGAAUAUCAUCGCAAAAUGGGCGAACAGGUCUUGGCCAACUUGAACAAUCAAGGUGUACAGAACUGA